UGCAGCAGCGACCAGAGAUGCUAUAAUGCAGGGAAGAUAUGAUGCCAGCUCUAAAGGAAAAUAAGGCGUUCAAGGAAUGGCAAAUCAAAGAUGGCCGCUUCAGGAUUCGGCGCUCUACGCAUGCGUGAAAGUUGUGACAUUUACGAAAUUGUUCGUAGAACGAGGCGCAUUAGACAUCUACGUUGACUAAGGAAGAGCAUUGUGACUGGGUUCAUAGUUUGGGUUUUCAAUGUGUACGUAGCGUCGCGAGCUAAGCGUCCAUUUGUAACCCAUUCAUAGUUUACAACCGAGCCUCACUUCCCAUAAUCCAGUGCGACGUAACGGAGAGCGCUGUCUCCUCGGCUGUCUCUCCCUGUCCAAAGUCUCUGGCUUCAGGCUGCUGGUAGCUCGACUGUGCGAAGACGGCAAGGAGCGAAGCGACCGACCGGCGGGGGAGGCAGGCACCGCAGAGGGAAGGACGGGGGAAUUUAGUCUGCGUCCCGUAUUCGGAAUAAGCAGGACUCGACUACAGCUUCGCUCUUGACGUGAAACGAGCUCCGCUGUAACCUUCAAAAAAAGGACCCGCAUUUCCUUACGGCUAACUUAUUGCUGGAACUCUUGAGCGAACCGUCGUCUUUGAACUGUGAAGAAACUAAAGAGGCAUUUGGUUUUGUAUACGAAGAAUGGGAUUUAAAGAACAUAACUGCCAGCGCUAAGUUGGGAAAACAAGGGAAUAUUUUCCAGUUGAAUGGAAAAAUAACCAACACUGCCGAAAGGAGACACACUUGGUUAAACGGCGUUAACAGCGUGCAUCUUGUUUGUUAGCUCGAGGGGAAAAGGGGCAACGAUGGCAUUUAGGAACGAGGGAAAGUAACGAUAACGUUAGCUCACUGGCUAGCCGAAUAGCUAACCUAGCAGGCUGCUAACUAAGCCUGUGUCGCCCUUCCAUUCCUGGAGCAGAGGAGGGGCGCUGGGGCUUUGUAGCAUUGCAGAUCUGCCCUGCAUUUGGGGGGGGGUUACUGCAAGAAUGGAGAAUCCCAAAUAUCUGCCACCACAACUCGGGGGUAUCUGCUGAACCGCGUCGUCUCGAUUCGUUCUCCGUUUCUCGCACAGAGAAGACCAGAUCGCGGGCCAGCCUCCGUUGGGAUUUCAUCAAAAAUCCGCCGGCCCGGGGCAGCCAGGGUGUGUAAUUGUGACUACUUCUUUUCGUAUGUGCCCCGCGGGGAUACGUGUUACACAACGGGGAAGUGCUGCGCGUCUUUAGCUACUGGCUCUUCCAGAGGGGGAUCAUGUACUGGCCGACGUUGACGCGGAAUUAGCCCCCGGCUGAAAGUUUUAUAAUUGUCGAGACAUUGAAGGUGAGAGAACUUCUUUAACAGGCCCGUGUGUGCUAACUCACAGGCCGAGGAGGUGCUCGCUCGUGCCCCCCUCCCCUCCACCAUCAUCACCAUUACUUCAGAAAUCAGCAAGUCGGAAUAAUCAUGUCGGGAGAGGUGCGUUUGAAGAAGCUGGAGAAGCUGGUCCUGGACGGGCCAGCCCAGUCUAAUGGCCAGUGUCUGAGUGUGGAAACGCUGCUGGACAUCCUGGUCUGCCUCUACGAUGAGUGCAACAACUCCCCGAUCAGAAGAGAGAAGAACAUCCUGGAGUUUUUGGAAUGGGCCAAACCCUUCACCUCCAAAGUGAAGCAGAUGCGCCUGCACAAGGAAGACUUUGAGAUCCUGAAGGUGAUUGGACGAGGAGCGUUCGGAGAGGUUGCAGUCGUAAAAGUGAGAAACACCGACAAGGUGUUCGCCAUGAAGAUCCUCAACAAGUGGGAGAUGCUGAAGCGAGCUGAGACGGCGUGUUUCCGGGAGGAGCGGGACGUGUUGGUAAACGGGGACUGCCAGUGGAUCACCACCCUGCACUACGCCUUCCAGGACGACAAUAAUCUGUACCUGGUCAUGGACUACUACGUGGGUGGAGAUCUGCUGACUCUGCUCAGUAAGUUUGAGGAUCGGUUGCCGGAGGAGAUGGCCAGGUUCUACCUGGCCGAGAUGGUGCUGGCCAUCGACUCCGUUCACCAGCUACACUACGUCCACAGAGACAUUAAGCCCGACAACAUUCUGCUGGAUAUGAACGGCCACAUCCGCCUGGCCGACUUCGGCUCCUGCCUGAAACUCAUGGAGGACGGGACGGUCCAGUCCUCUGUGGCGGUGGGGACUCCUGACUACAUCUCCCCAGAAAUCCUCCAGGCCAUGGAGGACGGUAAGGGCAAGUAUGGACCCGAGUGCGACUGGUGGUCCCUGGGCGUCUGCAUGUAUGAAAUGCUGUACGGCGAGACUCCUUUCUACGCCGAGUCCCUGGUGGAGACCUACGGCAAGAUCAUGAACCACAAGGAGCGCUUCCAGUUCCCGCAGCAGAUAACAGACGUGUCGGAGGACGCCAAGGAUCUAGUCCGCAGGCUCAUUUGCAGUCGAGAGCACCGAUUGGGCCAGAACGGCAUUGAGGACUUCAAGCACCACCCCUUCUUCAUUGGCAUCGAUUGGGAAAACGUUCUCACGUGUGAGGCCCCCUACAUCCCAGAGGUCAGCAGUCCCACCGACACCUCCAACUUUGAUGUGGAUGAUGACUGCCUGAAAAACUCGGAGACCAUGCCCCCUCCCUCACACACGGCCUUCUCUGGCCACCACCUGCCCUUUGUGGGCUUCACCUACACCAGUAAAUGUUCCCUAUCCGACCGGGCUUGCCUGCGACAGCUGGCGGGGGAGCCGGGUAAGGCGGGCCGGGACCAGUUGGACCUGGAUGUCCAGCGCAGCCUGGAAGACAGCCUGGCCACAGAGGCCUAUGAGCGGAGGAUCCGCCGCCUGGAGCAAGAGAAAGUAGAGCUGAGCCGCAAACUGCAAGAGGCAACCCAGACGGUGCAGGCCCUGCAGCACCCGACAGGGGAGGGCCCCCCCAGUGCCAACAAGGAGGGGGAGAUCAGGAGUCUGCAGACUGAGAUCGACAUCCUCAAGAAGCAGAUCGCUGACUCAGGCCAACUUGAGAAGCAGCUGGAGGACGUGUCGUUAGCCCGCAGGGACCUGGAGGACUCAUCAAAACACACCAAGACUCUGGAGAGACGGAUGAAGAGCGUCGCACAGGAGAAGGAUGACAUGCACAAGGAUCUUCUGGAGGCCAACGAGAGGCUGAAGUCUCAGUCCAAAGAGCUGAAGGAAGCCCACAGCCAGAGGAAAGUGGCCAUGCAGGAGUUUUCUGAGCUUAACGAGAGACUCACAGACCUCAGGUCGGUGAAGCAGCGCCUGACUCGCCAGCUGCGUGACAAGGAGGAGGAGAUGGAGAGCCAGGGUCAGAAGGUCGAGGCUCUCCGCCUUGAGGUGCGAAAGGCCGAGAGGGCCAAGAAGGAGACGGAGGCGCAGGCGGAGGUGCAGGCAGCGGAGGCUCAGAAGGAGAGGAAGCUGAAGGAGCGUAGCGAGCAGUACAGCCGACAGCUGGAGGAGGAGCUGGAAGGACUUAAGCUGAAGCAGGCCGGCUCCUCUGCCGCCCCGGCCUCGGCGGACCAGACCCAGGAGGUGGGCCGCCUCCGGGGGGACCUGGAGAAGAAGACGCUCCAGUAUGAGGAGGAGUUGGCGCGCAGGGAGGCGCAGCACGGCACCGAGCUGAAGGCCCUGCGCAAGGAGCUGCGGGACGCCGAGGGCCAACACCUGGCCCUGCAGAAGGAGAUCCUGAUGCUCAAAGACAAGCUGGACAAGACUCGCCGUGAGAGCCAAGCCGAGCGGGAGGAGUUUGAGACGGAGUACAAGCAGAAGUACGAGAGGGAGAGAGUCCUGCUCACCGAGGAAAAUAAGAAGCUGUCCAGUGAACUGGAUAAGCUGACCAGCAUGUUUGAGAAGGUGAGUGGCUCCAACAGGCAGCUGGAGGACGAGAUGAGGGAGCUGGCUGACAAAAAGGAGAGCGUAGCUCACUGGGAGGCCCAGAUCACGGAAAUCAUCCAAUGGGUGAGCGAUGAGAAGGAUGCUCGAGGUUACCUGCAGGCUCUGGCCACUAAGAUGACAGAAGAGCUGGAGGGACUGAGAAACACCAGCCUGGGAGCGAGAGCUACGGACAUGCCGUGGAAGAUGCGGCGCUUCGCCAAGCUGGACAUGUCAGCCCGACUGGAGCUGCAGUCUGCCUUAGACGCUGAGAUCAGAGCCAAGCAGAGCAUCCAGGAUGAAUUGAACAAGGUCAAGGCCGACAACAUGUCCACAGAAUGUAAACUGCAGGAUGUGGAGAGUAAAAACCAGGAGCUGCUGGCCGAGAUCGACAGGCUGAAGAAAGAGACGGAGGAGCUGCGGCUACGAAGGGGUGUUAAGCACCAGGAUUCCCAGAAUUCCUUCUUGGCUUUUCUCAACGCCCCCACCUCAGCACUCGACCAGUUUGAUCGCUCGCCAUCCGUUGGCCCAGCUAGCAAAGGCAGACGCAUGGACUCUAUGGAUAACUUCACCCCAUCCAAUACUCCAUCCAGAGAAGAUGACCCUAAAUCCCACCUCAAGUCCCGCUCGCGGUCACCCUCCAUGGCUAGUGAUAUGGAGCCCAUAGAGUUGAUGGACCAUCCUCCUCGCACAGUCCAGACCCCCACCAUGCGCUCGGGAGGGUACGGCAGCAUUGGACGCUCCUCUCCCAAGCCCAAAGCACAUCAGUUUGUGGUGAAGUCCUUCAGCACGCCCACUAAGUGUAACCAGUGCACUUCCCUCAUGGUGGGGCUCAUACGUCAAGGCUGCACCUGUGAAGUGUGUAACUUCUCCUGCCAUGUGACCUGUGCGGACAAGGCUCCAGCUGUGUGUCCCGUUCCCCAGGACCAAACCAAGGGCCCGCUCGGCAUCGACCCUCAGAGGGGCAUUGGUACUGCGUAUGAAGGGCACGUCAGGGUUCCCAAACCCACGGGGGUGAAGAAGGGCUGGCAGAGAGCGAUGGCUGUGGUGUGUGACUUCAAGCUGUUCCUCUACGAACUGGGAGAAGGAAAAGCCACGCAACCAAGUGUAGUAGUGAGCCAAGUCAUAGAUAUGAGGGAUGAAGAGUUUUCAGUCAGUUCAGUCCUCGCCUCUGAUGUCAUCCACGCCAGCCGCAAAGAUAUCCCGUGUAUAUUCAGAGUGACAGCAUCCCAGCUCUCCCACUCCAGCAACCACAAGCCCUCCAUCCUGAUCCUGGCCGACAGCGAUCAGGAGAGGAACAAGUGGGUGGGCCUCCUCAACGAGCUUCACCGCAUCCUCAAGAAGAACAAGCUCAAGGAGCGCUUCGUCUACGUCCCCAAGGAGGCCUACGACAGCACGCUGCCGCUCAUCAAGACUACUCAGUCUGCUGCUAUCAUAGAUCACGAGCGUGUUGCCCUGGGCAACGAGGAAGGCCUUUUUGUCAUCCAUGUCACCAAAGAUGAAAUAAUCCGGGUGGGGGACAACAAGAAGGUGCACCACAUCGACCUGAUUCCCCAGGAGCAGCUGCUGGCGGUCAUCUCCGGCAGGAACCGACACGUCCGUCUCUUCCCCACGCAGGCCUUGGACGGCCGCGAGACCGAGUCCUACAAGCUGGCUGAGACAAAAGGCUGCCAGACCGUCGUCUCCGGCCCCGUCCGCAAUGGCUCGCUCACCUGCUUGUGCGUGGCCAUGAAGAGACAAAUCAUAUGCUACGAGGUGAAUAAGAGUAAAGGACGUCACCGGCGGCUACGAGAGGUGCAGGCCCCAGGGCCCAUUCAGUGGAUGGGUCUGCUCAGUGAGCGACUCUACGUGGGGUACCAGUCCGGCUUCACCCGCUACAGUGUCCAUGGUGACAUGACCCCUGUCAACCUGCUCCACCACGAGGACCACACCCUGGCCUUCAUCCCCCAGCAGAGCCUGGAAGCCCUCUGCGCCGUGGAGAUCUCCAGCAAGGAGCUGCUGCUGUGCUUCAACGCCAUCGGAGUAUACGUGGACUCCCAGGGCCGCAGGUCACGUCAGCAGGAGCUGAUGUGGCCAGCUUUUCCCAACUCUGCCUGCUACAACGCCCCCUACCUGUCAGUGUACAGCGAGAACGCCGUCGAUGUAUUUGAUGUCAACACCAUGGAGUGGAUUCAGACCAUCCCUCUCAAGAAGGUGCGAGCCUUGAACAUUGACGGCUCUCUGAACCUGUUGGGACUGGAAACGGUCCGGCUCAUCUACUUUAGAAACAAGAUGGCCGAGGGCGAUGAGCUGGUCGUCCCAGAGACGUCAGACAACAGCAGGAAGCAGAUGGUGCGCAGCAUGAACAACAAGAGGCGCUUUUCCUUCAGGGUGCCGGAGGAAGAGCGGCUUCAGCAGAGGAGGGAGAUGCUGCGAGAUCCAGAGAUGAGGAACAAGCUGAUCUCCAACCCCACCAACUUCAACCACGUGGCCCACAUGGGGCCAGGAGACGGGAUCCAGAUCCUUAAAGACUUACCCAUGGAGAGCCGCGCGGGCUUCAGCGGUUCGGUCAGCAUCCCCUCCAUCACCAAGAACCGUGGCGAGCCGGGUCGCUCCAUGAGCGCCAGCAGCGGACUGGGCAUACGCUCGUCCUCCCAGAACGGCAGCGCCCUGCGCAGAGAGCUGUCCAGCGGGAGCUACGGAUCCAAGCGGCAGACCAUGACCUCUCCCUCUGAAAGCUCCCUGUCCUCUGGCGGAGGCAUGGACUGUGGUGACGCUCCGCUCUCCCAGUUUGACCGAGAGUGGCAGGCAGUCUCACCGUCGGAGAAGACCCCCGAUCUGAAAAGGGCUUUAAGGACCCUGCUUAGUAAGAUGAAGGAUUCAGACUCGCCACGUCACUCCACGGCCUCCAACAGCUCCACCUUCAGCAGCCCUCCCAGUCCGGCCUCCCCACACAAGGCCAAGUCCCUGUCCCUGGAGAGCACAGACCGCAUGGGCUGGGACACAUAAGCCUCCAUCAGCCUCUCGCCCCCCCCCCACCCACGCCCACCGAUCCGACUGACAGCACAGGACUCCAACCGCCCCCCCAGCCCCCCUCCUCUCUGAUACCCCCCUCACUGCCCAGAGAACUGCACCUCUCGACAAACAUUUGUCCCACUUUUACAACCUCAGUGCCCCUCGUCGUACUUCCAGGACGGGGCGGAGUUAUGGAAUAUGAGCGGUCGUGUACACGUGGGUGCUGAUGUUUGAGGGUGCAAAUGCGUGUGUGUGCGUGUUUGUUUGUUGGAGAGAAGCUGUGUGUGCAUGUGUUUCACAUUCAGAACGGGCUGGUGAUAUAGGAAAGAGAAGCUCCCGUCUCCAGCCGUCCCUCUGGCCACGCCCCCCGGUUGAGACUCUAAAACCUCACGAUGCAACAAAGAAGAGGAUUAUUAUCGAGAGAACGUGAUUUGUAUUUGUACAUAGGACCGUUUGGGUUUUAGGGGACACUAUUUUAAUUUAUUCAUCAAUCUUAGAUGAGGAAAGGUAGGUUUGCAUCACGGCCUGAACCAGACGGGUGGAGCUUAACCCCGCCUCACUUCCCUCCUUUGCUUUCUCUUUGGGUGCUGCAACAAUUGAAAAUGUCAACAAAAGAAAAGAGAAAGGAAUGAUUUUUGUUUUUUUCUUUUACUCAUGAUAUUAAGUGCAGUGACUUUAUAAUAUAUUUUUUAUUUUGACCAUCAACAAGCAGCGUUACAAUGAUGACAUCACUACAGCUCCUCUGUGCUCCUCUCUCCUCAUUGGUCCAGCGCGAGUGACAUCAUCCAGCGUGGGCGUGUCCUCCGUCCCACUACAACCAAACUGACCGGCUCGCAGGCUCCCAUCACAAUAAUGUACAUAGGUUCAAAGUAGAGAGUAAUAUAUGAAAAGGAAAAUACUAUGGCGACACGGGAAAGGCAGAAAACCCUCUUUCACUUUUAUUUUCCCUGUUCUGUUUCUUCUGAGUGAUUUGGGGUUGUAUUCACACACAAAGGCCAUUUUAAACCACUUUCCCGUUUUCUUUUUUUACCGGUAGAUUUUAGAUUGGUUUGUUUUAUAUUGUGUGUACGACACGCAUCGUGUGUUUGUUUUUGUUCCUUUUGCCCACUCUGUUUGUGCUUGACUGAAGGAACCUCCCUAUGGACCGUACUCCAGAGUGAACACGUGAAUGAUCACACACACACACACACACACUGAGGUGGUGUUUUUAUGCAGCCAAUGCCUUGUCCUGCUCCUCCUCUGUGACCGUCGGGAGGAGAAGUGGCUCCUCAUGUAAUCAGUGAGUGUUUCUAAGCGGGCGGUGGGACCUGGAUGGGAGGAGCUUGAUUUAACCAAAAAUGGAGAAAAAUACUUUGACACUAUUUAGUUGCCUAUUCUGAAGGUUUGUGUGAUCUGUUCACUGCAAAGCAACAUUUGUAAGAACUCUUGAUUUAAAUACAAAAACAACAAAUAAACAACACUAACAUGAGAAUGUAAACACUUAAAACUGAGCACCGUUUGUCUUGAUGGAUAACCUCAGUGCUACCAGGCUGGAUCUCCUUUGGCCUCUGAAAGAGCAUUUUACGGGGUGGCGGCUCCUGGCAGGAGAGCCGGGCGUUCAGUUCCCUCUGACCGAUGUAUAGAGAUGUAUAUCUCUAUGAAUCAAUAUAAGGAGCAUUUUGACUCACAGGGCAGAAUGGGGUGGCACUAAGGGAGCUGAACAGUGUCCUGACUGAACACUAGCUGUCUGCAGACAGCUGAGCAGCUCACAGCCCUCCACUUUAUUCCACUGGUCUUGUUGGUUAGAAAGGGAAUCGAAUACUUCGCUGGUCAUUCCUGCCGAUUCC